UAUUGCUAUAUUAGAUCGUGAUGAACAACGAGUACACAAAACAUACAUCGCAUAAAAGAAGAUCGUAAACAAGAGAGGACUCGUUAAAGUUUAAUAAUAUUCUAUGCCAUUUAUAUUCAUACGUAUAAUUUAAACAUUUUAUAAACUAAUCACUACGUUUAAUGCAUGGAUUGUAUUACAUUACAAACGUCAGAAAUAUUUCAAUGAAAAACGCAUUGAAGAAACUGGACUUUAACUGGAACUGGUUCUGUACUUGACUGUAUAUAAGACUGGGUUUCGUGUACAAUAUUUUCAUAGUUUCGUUUUCGAUUUUGUAGUUUGUAGCGUAUAAGUAAUUUUUGUUUUGACUGUGUGAUAUGUCAGGAAACUCUUUUUGAGAGAAUAUAAAGUUUUGGAUAUGACAGGUUGUACAAAAGAAGAUUGUCCUUAUGCUCCGAUCAGCGAGGACAGGAUUGAAUGCUCAAACGUGGUGAAAAGCCAGAAAAGUACAUGGAAUCAUUGCAACAUACCGAAAUGGGUUGCAAUUAUUGUACUUUUUGUACUUGUUUUGGUAUGUUUUGCGACACAUAUAAAAUCCAUAGAAAGUGUACAACUGGAUAAAUCCGUUGACAGUGGACAUACCUCACUCGCAUCACUUAUGGAAGCUGAAAAAGGAAUCGAUUUUCGUAUUAGUCCUAAUACGAGUAACUGUUCAAGCAAAUCGUCGUGUUUCAGAUGUAAGACUGAGAUAAUACCGCA